AUGGAGGAUAGAAGUGGGCAGGUCUUGGCCAUAGCCCUCACAUUUCUGGUUCUGGCUUGGGUCACGGUCAGCCUCCGCUGCUAUGUGCGAUGCUUCCUAGUCAAGGGCUUUGGCGUUGACGACUACACCAUGCUCGUCACGCUGUGCUUCUUUACCGGAUACCUCAUAGCCCAGAUUGGCGGCGCCGUCCACGGAACGGGCGUACGGCGGGAAAAGCUCUCAGAUGCACAAGCUCAAACGGCCCUCCACUUUUGGUUCUUCUGCGAAAUCUUCUACACGCUGUCGACGUGCAUGCUCAAGAUCUCGGUCGGCUUCUUCCUGCUACGCAUCACCAUUGUCCCGCUUCACAUCUGGAUUAUCCGUCUGAUUAUGGUUGUAUCGGGAAUCGUGGGAAUUGCAUACACAUCCGUCGUCAUCUUUCAGUGCAAGCCCAUCUCGUACUGGUGGAAUCUCGACCCAAAUGCCAAGGGUGUCUGUCUGUCCUCAGCACUCGUCAUGAACUUUACGUUUGUCGUCUCUGGACUGAAUGCCUUUGCCGACUGGGUCUUUGCCAUCCUCCCCGUUUUGAUUGUCCAGGGCCUGCACAUGAAGAAGCGCAUGAAGGUUGUCGUGGCCUCUGUCAUUGCUCUGGCGGCUAUUGGCUCUACAGCAACCAUCAUCCGGCUGCCAUACACGAGCUCUAUCAAGGGCUACAAAGGCGAUUUCCUCUACCGCACAACCGACUUUGCCAUCUGGAGUACAGUCGAAGUGGGCCUGGGUAUAACCGCCGGAUCCAUUGCAACACUCCGGCCAUUAUUGAAACAAGCCUUUGAAAUCACUCGCUCCGGCUCCGCUAUGCCCUGGAGCAAGCCAUCGCUCAAAUCCGGCCAAGAACAUUCGGGCAACCAACUCAGCACGCUCAAGCCGAGCAUCCAAAAGUCCGUCACCAUCACUACAUCGCGCGCGCGACGCGAAAGUGCCGGCUCCGACGAAGAAACGUUCCUGAGCUCGACCAUGCCCUCGCAAGCAUGGCAGCAGCAACAAGGCCACCCUAGCUACAAUACAACUAGGGUGAUUGACGAGCGCGGCGCUCGAGUAUCCGUCGACCAAGAUCGACGACACAAGCAAGGGCGAGGAGGCAGCCCUGCAGGCGCCAGCCACUCCACCGUCGGUAGCGAAGAAUCUGGAAAAACACCACGAAUCCAUGUACACGAGCGCUUUUAG